AUGGAGAUAAGAGGCACCGCUACAUGCACUCUUGGGCAGGUGUUUGAGCUUCUGCAUUCUCCAGCUCUUGAUAAAAGAUUUUUCACAAAUGAAGACUUUCCUCGCAUCAUGGCUGCGUUGUCAAAGAGGGGUAAAGAUGUUCCAGAAGUGUCCAAGGAAGUCUGUGAAGCUAUAUAUUUUCUUGCCCGAGGUUAUGAUGUGCCAAUCUCAUCCGAGGUAGACCAUUCAAAAAAGAAAAUCUCAUCUGAACUUUCACCUUUUCUUAGUGGUGUUAUCGAUGCUAUCCUUUCUGCUUCGGAACUUGAUAAGAAGACCCCUUUCGGGCUUCCUGCAUCUGCAUCUGCUUAUGGCGCAUUGAUUGAGAUUGUGAGAGUAAGCAACAUGUGGGAUUUUGAAGCUGUAAUAGCUAUUAUGGAUUUGAUGCCUCGUAUCAUGCGAAGAUUAAACACAGCGCUUGAUGCCAAAGCAAUUUCAUCAGAUGACAAGACUAACAGGCAAAAUCUUCAGGCGUUGCUGUGUGACGUACUGCACGCCAUAAUCGAGAAACUGGGGAAUUCGCUUCACGCGGACAAGGUUAGGGAGUCUGCUCAGUCUAUGUCGCUUCAGUUUUGCCGUGUCCUGACCUGCGACUGUUCUACCGCAUGUGAUAAAGCAGCGCUUGCUAUUGGUGCUCUGGCUCGUGCCGUCGGUCCAAAGUUUCUGGAUCACAUGCCAAUAUUUUUGCAGUAUUACAGCGUGAAGCUAUUCUCCCCUAUCUAUUUAGAGGUGAUUGGCACUAUCUUUCAUGUCUUGGGAGAUGAAAUCCUGCCAUGCUGUGAUGAUAUGAUGGACGUUCUUUACGAAGGUCUCUCAAAACCCAAGCUUAAACCUCAAAUUUUGGCAUGCUUUGGAGAGAUCGCUCUUGCUAUCGGCAAGCAUUUUGAGGAGUACCACCUGCAGGCUGUUAGGAAAAAGCUGAAAGAAGCUGCUAACCCAAGAUAUUAUGCCAAUGUCUCUGAUGAGGAUAAGGUUGAUUACGGUAACCAGCUUAGACAGGGAAUAUGCAAGGCUUACUCUGGCAUAUUGCGGGGUAUAAAGGACCAAAAAUCUGGGUUGAAGGUAGCAGCGGAUCUAGUUGAGUUCAUUGAAGCUGUCUCUGAGGACGAGAGCAGGUGCACAUGA